CACAGCAUCCCUGGAACACGGAAUCUGGCGGGCUAGGAAGCGCAGAGACGGGAAUGCAUUGGGACGAAAAAAAGAGGGGAAUAAAUAUUACCUUCCAUCUGUUGGUCUUCCUCACUCAUCUGUCAUCCACUCUCCCUUUUUAUUCUGAGGAAAACUACUUCAGAGCCUCCAGUGAAAACACAUACAUAUAGAGAUAUAUCUAUAACAAUCCUAUACAUAUAUCAAUAUACAGUAUGCCUGUUUUCAUAAACAGCGUGUGGGGGACAGGACUACGCAGAAGGAAGACACCUUGACUGUGAAAACAAUAGCAGCAGGAAGACAAAAGAGGAACCGCAGACAUUUCUCUGAGAGAACAGAACAGUGGAAAGUAUUGACAAUGACUUGUGGAAUAUCUUUGAACUGUAACGUGAGGCGUCUAUUUCUCGCUGGCAUAAAGCAAUGCUUGGUGGGACAAAGAUCAUGGAUACGGCUUGAUUCUAACCUCAUCAUGAUUACUUCAGGGGUCUGAAUUGGACAAAUCUUUUUGCUGGAUAUUUCUUGGACAACAGUUUGUCUCAGGGUGGGAUCCUCAAAUCUGGAGUCCUUCCAAAGGGGAGGAAUCUCAUUCACUCUCACUCUCUUCCUGUAGUGAUGACAUUGGCGAGUGUGUUGUGUGCAUAAGUGGUAUGGAAAGCUUUCCGUAUUGCUGUCUCUCUCUGUCCCUGAUGAGGGCUGUUUUUCCUGUAUCAGCUUGCCAUUCCCGGACAACAAGUCAGCAUUAAACUAACUCUAAACUUUGAGGUAGAACUCUUCACUCAGCAAACUUGCUAAACUAAACUCCAUUGGUUUAUUACUCCCUAGUGGCCGUGUUGUUGUCUGUACGCAUUUAGGGAUUACUAAAACCGGAUCAUGCCUGCGUCUCACCUGUUUUUGAAUGCAUUUUUUAUUGCUAUUCUGCUCUUGAGUGGCAUUUCUUACAGUCAGAAACCCAACAUCGCAAAUACAGACAUGCAGGCGAACAAUCGGACGGUUGCGCCAUCUGGCGCCCCGGAGGUCACUCUAGCAACCCCAGGGUCAGACGCAGACGACCGUACUCCAUCGGCUGGGAGUCGUUGUUGGGGUUACUUUGAUGUGAUGGGCCAAUGGGAUCCGCCGUUUAAUUGUAACGCGGGAAUUUACCUGUUCUGCUGUGGUUCCUGUUACUAUCGAUUCUGUUGUCAGUUCAAGGUUCACAGCCUGGACCAAACAUCUUGUUCCAACUACGACACACCAGUGUGGGCCAAUACGGGCAAGCCGGCGGCUCCGGUAACGGAUGUACAGGAGGAACCGGACCGGGAUCGUACUCACAUGAUUGUGUAUAUAAUCUGUGGAGUGGUGGCCAUCAUGGUUCUGGUCGGGAUCUUUACCAAACUGGGCCUGGAAAAGAGUCAAGGAGGACAGACAGACAUGACCAACUCCAGGGCCCUGACAGAACUGCUGAAACAGCCAGGUGAAGUUGGGGGCAUGGACAGAGGAGGAGGUCACCAACCUAUCAGAUCCAACGGCAUCUCUGGAAGAUCGAUGCGCACCAGUAACGAGCAUAACCACCUGAAUAACGCCACACUUCCUCCUUUGACUCCCACAAUGGCCCUGUCCCAGCCCCACAACAAUCUGGGCUUCAAUAAAUACACCUCUAUCAAGGCCAUGGAAACAACAGCUAGAAACUACUACCCCAAGAGCUACCCCAUGAUGGACUACACACACCGUCAAUCCUCACCUGCAACAUUCCAACCCAUUGCUUUUCACCACAAAGACAAACAUUUCCUACCCCCUCCAGACAUCCAUACUCCUUUGGCCAUCACCAUCACAUCGGCCCAAGUCCCCAAGCACAAGAUCUCCAAGACCAACACUCACCCCCUCACAACCAGCUCGGCAUUUAAAGCCUGGGAUCCCAGUAAGAGCCACAUCCAACACCAGGUCCCUCUUAUGGCCCAGCAACAACUACCAGUGUCCCAACCUAACAGUCGGCACCAGGCCUUCUCCUCCAAGCGGCAGUUUAGCAUUGAGACACUUCCGGAAUUGUUCUCCCAGCCCCUAGGGUACGGACAGUCUCCACACAUCCACCCCAAACACAAAGGACUGCCCACGAACAGCAAGACUGAAGUCACGGUGUGAGGGGGAUGGGGGGGUCGGGAGUGGCCUGGAAAGAUGGACAAAAAGAGAUCAUGAAGAAAGAGAACACAGAUUAGCAUGACUGUGAUUAGACUGGAUGUGAAAUCGUCAGCACAUAUGCUUCAGUUAUAUUUAUUAUUAUAUUUCCUCGUAAUUGUUUUUGACUAGAUAUAUAUUUAUUCACCAUACUAUAAUAACAAGAGCAGAGGAGGAAAAUGUAGCAUAGUCUUGACUCGGAUUCUGGAUGGGCCUUGAUUCCCUAGUCAACCUAUUUUCCUAGAACAAUUUGGCCUGUUUUUCUUGGAACCUUGGCUGUCUGAUGUCUCCUGUUCCCCAGACCCAUGUGUCUGAUAGCAAAAGUCAGGAGGUAGGAGUCCUGCACGUCUGGAUCUUUCACACCCUCCUAGACAAGGCUAUUGUGCUGUCAGCUUCCAUCAGCAACUGUCACACAGUGAGAUAUUAUUCAGACAAUUCCAGAACACAUAGGACAGAUAACAGGGAUAAAGCAUAAGGAAGAGGACAGUGGAAAAACCAAGAUGUCCUGAGAGACAGAAGGAGAGAGAAACAGAGUUUUAAGUUUUGGGAGGACCAAGGGUUUGAUAUUUUAGUAGAUGGAUCAAGGUCUAGACAUACCUGAAAAUGUUCAAAGUCACUUGGCCUCUUUACUUCAACACCUUGAGGUCGAAGAAUGCAUUCCAGUGCUCAUCCAGGGAGAAGACCGACAACAUCGCUCCAGUCAUAGUUAUUUUGGCUGUUUCUAUUUCAAACCCUUGUUCGAGACACACCACAGGUACAGACAAGGUCAAUGAGCAUAUAUCCUCUACUGAUAGACCUCAAGAGGAAUAUUGCCAGAAACAAAAGUCGCCUGCAGAGAUAAAGUGCCAUAGUGACACAGGAGAACACAUCUAGGUGAAAUGGUCUACCAAUGUCAUAAGUAGCACUGCCAAAACAGCUUUGCUAAUUUGUCCCAUGUGUAACCUGUGAAAUGACUUGCUCCCUCUGUUCUCUGAAUGUACUGUAAAUAGUUAUCUUUUUGGUGACAGCAAGUUUUGGUCCUAUUAAACCAGUGCUGGUAUGGCCAAGUCUAGCAUGCAGUAGCAAUACCUAAGUAAAUCCUAUUGUAGCAUACUAAUAAUGCACAUGGGAAAGUGAUAAACCUGGGCAUCAGUUUUAGAGUGUAAGCCAUGAAGCCUCAGAGCACUAGACCUGAGAAUUAUGAACCCUGGGGUCUUGGGGGUUGCCCCAGGGAAUAUUAGGCCUAUUGGUACUCUCCAGCCUGGGGCCAAAUGACUGAUGGACAGAGCUGCCAAACUCACUCCCUCUUUGCCGCUCCAAGCUUUUCCCAACCAGGCAUCUGGUCGCCACAAUGCCACAAAACAACAAGGGGCGCUAUAACUGAUGACAGCACAUGUCUAAUAUAGCCAAUUUAAUCUCCCAUGUUGCCUCUAGACUCAGAAUCUUGCUCUCUUGCUUUCCAUUCUUGUCCUUCUUCAUUCCACAAUGGAUCCAAAAGAAGACCUAGAUGGUUUUCGGAUCCAAAUGUUUUUUUGCUCAAAAACAUGGAGGUGAGACCACAAAAUGUGGCAAAAUUAGACUUUCAUGAAAACGGCACCAUUUACAAACUUAAAGGAGGCCUGAGUAUAUUGUCUGAUGGUAAGCUCUCUCGACUUUGAAUCAUAAUAAACCAUCUGUUUAUCCAGCAAACAGUUGUGAGUCCAAACGGUAGCGAGUACCUUUUGUUUGAACAGUCAAGUGAACAACAGAAGAGAUUUUACGGGCUGAUCACAUCUAAUGCAUGAGCCUUCUAAUGACUUCUAUAGAGUGUGAAAUGUUCAAGGAUAGAGUUUAAUAGAACUGCUGCUUGGGUCAAACAAGACAAUGAUGCUUCGUUCUGUCUCUGUGGCAGAUGCUUCCAGGGUGGCAUUGGGUUUCUGUGGCCAAACCCUGAAUGACAGACACAGUCAUCAGCUCUCCUGGCACAGAGAUGCCAAGUGAUGCCAAGGUGAUCCUUGGCCUGAACUGGAGUCACAUUGUAUGCUAUAAGGUCAAGAAGACUGGAGCUUUUUUUCCUCUGAGAAAAACUACAGUGUCAAAGCACUCUUAUGGAUGGUCAUGACAUGGUCUCUGGCUGAAUCAAAUGAGGCAUAAGAUCCAGGAAUAAACCUUGUAUGAAUCUUAUUUCUGACUUUAGCUUAAUGUAACAUUGGAUUGGUCAAUUAACCAUUUAAAUCUGUGGAGGUUGUGGAUGACCUAUAAUGGAAAUCAAAUAAGGCUGAGUACAUGCACAUCUGCUACACAAGAAAUACAAGGUGUAAAUAUCAGUUGUUUGCUUCCAAAUACAGCUUCGGACAAGUGUGAAGAUGUUAUCCAGUGGUUAUUUAAAACCACCCAAUAAGCUUAAUGACUGUUGUUUCCGAUUUCUUCUUCAAAUUAAAGUGUUCUACCUGUGAUGUGAAUGCCACUGGGUAGCUUUUUAUCUUUAGCAAUACAUGAUGUACUUUCUACUGUUUAUGUACUAUUUGCAAUAUUGUGUUUUUUUUUUGUACCGUAAGCAUAAUUGGAAACAGCGUCAAGCCUGCCCCAGUUGACAACCAUUUGACAAAGAUGAAGUGCUUCCGAAUUUAAACACACUUCUAAUACCUUCCUUACUAACUUAAAGGCAUAGUUCACCCAAAAGUGAAAAUUCUGUCAUUCACUCUUGUACUAUAUUUUUUCAAACCUGUAUGACUUUUUUUCUUAUGUGGACAUUAGGCAGAAUGUUAUGCUCAGUCACCAUUCCUUUUUAUUGCACCAUUAUUGCAUUCUCUUUGCACUCAUUAGUCUGGUGGAAACACAGAAAUGUACAACAAACUGCAGCAUCGGUGUUGCUGCAGUGGUGUGGGCUAUAACGGCAGUGUGAAUGUGUUUUUCUGACCCGGGUUUGAUUCCGCCAUUUGUCCCUUUUUUCCCCAUCCUGUUUCCUGUCUCCGCUCUUCAAAUAUCCUUUACUACCACUUAUAAUAACAAAUAAAAAUCAAUAUAAAGGUUGAUUUCCUCUGUCGAUUGCACACGUUUCCUUCCUCGUCUGGGCUAGAAGGGGGAUGUCUUUCUCCCGCAGCUCAUCAUCGGUAAUAUUUAGAUUGUAUUACCCAUUUUGCAAAAGUCUCGGCUAACCCGUACAAAAAUUAACCAUGGUUUUACUAUAGUAGUAUUGUAGUAACCAUAUUUUUUGGUGGAAAACACAGUUUUGAUGCAAUUAACCAUGGUGUUACUACAGUAAUAUAGUGUUAACCCUAUAACGCCGCCUGUAUCAAAUUUGAUAUGCUAUUUUCUGAAGCCUGUGCAUCAUUAACAUGAUAAAAAUUUUGCUGAAAAUCCUAUUGUCUGCAAUGUACUAGAUGUUUGCUGCUACCUAGUAGAUGUUUCCAGACAUAUUUAUAAUAUUUUUUAAUAUUUCCCAAAAUAUGUCAGUUUUUGUAUUGCAUGCACUCAUUUUUUUUUUUAUGUGAAAUCUUUGCUGAUUAAUGAUUAAAUUGUUACUGAUAUUUUAAAAUGAGUAUUUGCUGAAUAUAAGCACCUUGUGCUUGGUUAAAAUUUUGUAUAUUAUUUUAUUGAAAAAGCCAGUUGAAAUCCAUGUAUCAGGGGUAGGUUUAGGGGUAAAGGUUGGUGUAGGAUGCCCCUAUUCUGUAUGUUAGCAUUUAAAUAAUGGUGCAAAUAGUAUCUGCCACUAUUUUAAUCACAUCUUUUUUUUUUCAAUACAAUGAAAGUAAAUAAUGACUAAGACUAAACAUUCUAUCUAACAUCUCUUGUGUUUCACGGAAGAAAGAAUGUCAUCCAGGUUUGAAACAAUAUGCUGUAGUAAAGGAGUAAAUGACAAACUUUUAAUUUUUGGGUAAACUGUUCCUUAGUUUAAAAGAUGACUUGCCAUAUUUGAAUCUUGCGCUAUGUGUAUAGACCAUAUGCUUUAUUUAAUCAUUUUUAAAAGAUGUAUUAUAACCAAUGCUUGAAUGACAUCUUAGUUACCAGUACAGAGACAUGUAAUAUGUAAAUUGGAGAAUCACAUUGUUUCCAUUUGUUUGGUGGUACGUUUGAACACUCUAUUCUUAUGCACUGUUCUAAACUAUACAUUUUGUCUUGAAUUCUACUAAGGGCUUUUAAAAAAGUACAAAAUGUGCUCUUAACAGGUGUUUCCCCUUAAGUACUGGUGUAGUUCCAACAAUUUUCAAUUGAAUUUUCAAGGCAGCCUUUAACUCGGGUAGUGCAUUAUCACCUCACAUGACCACUCCACGAAAAAUAACACAAGAGACAUUUUGUCCAACACAGCAAAAAAAGCUGCUCCCUCCAUGAGUAAACAGGGACAUUUCUUGUUUGAACCCUGAAAGUAUAUGCAAAAAAACUUUUUAAGGAGAGAGAUUGUGUGAGAGCUUAUCACAGCAGUGAUAAAGACAUUUGGAAUCAGUGAUCUUGCUCUCUGAUUGAACUUACCAGCAUUAAAGGAAAUCCAAAGCCAGCUACAGAAUUGCAGGUUGAUCCUAAUUAAAAGAUACCCCCUCACAAGGUUACAUCAUUGAUUAAGAGAACGGCAGGAAGACUAAUUAGGCUCGCUUGUUAACUUAAAGAGCCAUUAUUUAUUUUUAUUUAUUUUUACACAAUGCUGGCAUUGAGAAAUAUCUCCUAUCUCCUGUUUCAUUUUCAUGUUUACUGGUUAUAUACUCCUGUCUUUUCAUACAUCAGGGUUAAACAAAUUGCAAAAAGUUAAAUAUAUAAAUAUUGUGUAAAAAUGUAUGGGCAGGGUUGGGAGGGUUACUUUUGAAAUGUAUUCCACUACAGAUUACAGAAUACAUGCUGUAAAAUGUCAUUUGUAAUGUAUUCCGUUAGAUUACUCAAGGUCAGUAACGUGUUCUAAAUACUUUGGAUUACUUCUUCAGCACUGGUAGAUUUUUUCACUUGUUUUGACUAUAAAAACUCUGCCAGUACAGUAAGACAAAAUACACAUGUUAAAAAUACAUUCUCUGAAAAACCAAAAUAUCUUAUGCAGUGUUGUUUCUAAAACAAGAUAAAUCAAACUGAUCUUGUUUUAAGGAUUUUUAGAUAUUUUUACAGGAAAACAAUACAAAAAUUAUUAUCAAGAAUACGAUUUUUGCCCUAAUAUCAAAGGUCUUACUAGAAAAAAAGAAAUUAUGAUCCAACGUGAAUUUUCUUGAUAAAAAAAUAUGAUCGUGCCUGGUAACGUGCAUGUAAAUAGACUAGAAUAGCAUUUUAGCCUAACGUAAAGCUGACAAUUUACACAAGGUUUAUUUCUAUUUCUUCUGCUCCAAACUUACUUCAAACGUACUUCUCUGUCUGCUCGUAUGAAUGUAACACAUCAUAAGAAAGUGUUUCACCGCUGUUCAAAUGCACUUUGGAUCACAUCAUUUAUAUGUAUAAAUGUUUUCCAUCUGAAAGGACUAAAUAUUAAAUGAAACAAAUGACAAUAAAAUCCAAAGUAAUCUCUUCAGUGAUCAAUAUACUUUUUUGCAAUACGUUGCAAUACAACCACAGCAAAUUAGAACAUAUUUGUUGCUUAUACAUCUAUGUAGAGCGGGAUUUUGGACCAAUUAUAUUUCACUGUGGACAGGGUUACCCAGCGCAACAGUACAGAAAAAACCAGGCAACCAACAAAAAGUGCAGUUGUUGAUUGCCAGGCACGAUGAGUGAUAAAAUCUAUUUCUUCAGUGUAAAUCUGAGCUUUUGUUUUAACUAGCCGCAACCCUGACAAACAACGAGCAUCAAAAUAUUUUGAUGAUCGCUUGGUUUCUGUUUCACGCUGGGUAGCACAACUCUCAUUGGUCCAAAAUCCCGCUCCACUCAACUGUAUAUUGAACAUCAAAUAUGUUCUGAUUGGCUGCAAUUAUAUCGCGUAGCGUCUUCGGUUUCAGUGUGUACAGAUAAAUUACUGUCUCCAGAUAUUUAACCCUGUAAAUUUAUUAUGAUGUUACUUCACUCCGUGAAGCACUGAGAACAUGGCUUUCUCUUUUAACUCUUUAUAUGUCGCCUUUCAUCUUCACACAGACUUUCAGUCUGGUUCUGGAAGUAAAUAUCUCAUUCAUUGUUUCCACAGGGGAAUUGAUUUUGACUAUAACUUAUAAACCGUUAAACACAGAACUACUGUAAUGUCCGAAGUUGUUUAUCAAUGAUAUGUGCUUCUGUUAAAGCCAUCAGUCCACGUUAUUCGAACUACAUUUAAAAAAAGAAAUUACAUUUUAAAAUCAGACCCAUAAUCCUGCUGAGAAAGAUCCACAAAUCAGAAAAUUGUGGCAAACUAAGCACAUCAAAAGAGCUCUGAAGCAACCGCCCACUUCCAUGAUGCACAGCAACUGAUGCAAUCGAGCCCGUUUCCCUGCACCCUCCAAACUAUUUAUAUCCUCAUACGACCCCUCGUACCCAUGCGUGAAUGUUGUGUUUUGGCUUUGUUAUAUACGCAACGCAUUUUUAAAAUUAAUUUAAACGGACUAAUCUCCGUUCUUAGCUGUCAGUAAAGGGUUAAACUUUCAAUGUAAGGAGUCAUGUGACAAACAAUAUCUAAGUUUUUACAUUGAAACCUGUUUGAGUCAAAAGAUUAGUCUCUAGUUUCAUCCGAUAUGCAGUUUGUUGAAUUUGAGUGAUUUAUUGCGAUACGCCAUGCUGCUAAACACAAUGUACACUAGUGUACUUUAGCGCAUUUUUUUUCCUUAGAAAUCCUCUAUUUUCUGUGCAUUAUAACACUGAUAAUCAAUGGGUUCAUCCAAAAGCUGAAAAAUGUUGCUUUCAGAGGUUUUAUAUGGAGUUUUUCUUACUGUUCUGAGACAAGUGCAGACAGACAGCACACUGGAGGUUAAAUCAUUCACUAAAUAGGGAGCAAGGGAGCAUCCUAUAGCUUUCCUAUGCAGCUAAGUGAAUUCACUCCUAAAAUCCGACCAGCAGUUCAGUUUCCAGUUGCAGAUGAUUCUUGGACCACUCAACAUGUUUGACAGACAUAGGACAAUGGUAAUCAGUACUUAGAUUCAGAAUACAUAAUGUAUAAUUUCAUUUUAACAUGGUUGGCAGUGAUUGGAUGAUGCUGGCCUUUACUUUGAAUCAGAAUGAAUUAUGCUAAUUUCUGAUGUAAUGUCAAUAACAUCUCAAAAACAGGAAUAACCAACACUCCUGGAAAUAUAAUAAUUUGAUUUUAAAAAAUCCUACUUUCUUUAGCUUGGAAUGAUUUAACAUUUCACAACUUAGUCCCACUGUUCACAUAUGUGUACAUCAACUUUUAGGAAACCUAUACUAUACUUAUAAUCAACCAGUUUUAAUCAAUGGUUUUAUAUUUUUAUAUAAAAUACAUUUGUAUAUAAUUUGAUUAUGUCAUUCGCAAUGCUUCAUGUGAUUGUAGUUCAUGCCAAUGAGAAAAACAGUAAAGUACACAAUCCUGAACCUUUGUCUUCUCCUCCAAUUUUCAAAUACCUUUUGGCUUCAAAUCAAAAUUUGCAAUGUUGUAAUUCACCUCUGAGCUGGUUGGUUUGGUUUAUCACUUACAACUCUUUUAUAAACUUUUUUUUUUUUUUUUUUAAUCCCUAUGGGAAAAAUACUUCAUGAACCAAGAUGGUUGAAAAAAUGGGCAGCCACUGUUGCUCUUCAGACCCCAACUACUGCAGCAUUGCAUUGCAGUGUAGAGAGCUUUGUUGAUAAACAAGAGUGAUCUAGUUUUUGUCGCACCACUCACUUGCGGUAUAGACAUGGCUUUACAGUUGAUCGUAGACUCUCUCGCUCUCUCUUGCUUUCCUUUUCUCUCUCUGUCACUGUCUUGUUUCUGUUUGUUCCUCCAUCUCUCUCUCUAUCCGUGGGCAUGGUGGGUGGUGCAAGUCUUAGCUGUCAGUGAUAUCCAAGUUAAUAUGGGUCUCAAUGGGCUGGAGAAAGAGAGAGAGAAAGAGAGAGAGAGAGAGAAACUGAUGAUAUAGUACAUGAUGAUGAUGAUGAAGAGCUGUGGGUGGAGGGAGGGAGAAGGAUCCUCUCCUCUCGUUUCCAUGUAUUCCAUCUCUUUUGCUUGUCUAAUGCCCCAUUUCCAUAUCUGCCAUGCUUCUUUUUUUUUUUCCUUAAAUCUGGUUACACUUUGAGCAGACACUGAAUAAUUCAGAGAAGUAAAAUUGACAGUAUGGUGAAAGAGAAAGACAGAGUGCUGCAGAGAGCUCAUGAAAGACUGUCGAGAUUUAAAAGCAGAAAAGACCUGUUCAACUCCUGCAAGUGUUUGGGAAUAACCACAAUGUACAACAUUUUUAAAAGUCAUUUGUUGAUGGUUAAAAGAGUUUUAUGUAUGGGAAGCUUAGGCUUGACUUUAAAAGGAUAGUUCCCCCAAUGAAAAUUAUGUCCUCGUUUAUGUUGCUCCAAACCCAUAUGACUUGCUUUCUUCCGUGGAACUAAAAAGGCAUCCACUUUCAUCAUUCUUUUUCCAUACAAUGAAAGUGAAUGGUGACUGAGGCAUUUUGUCUAAUAUCUUCUGUUGUGUACUGUACCACAGGGAAAUAAAAAGUCAUACAGGUUUGGAACAACACGAGGGUGAGUAAAUGAUGACAGAUUUUUUUUUAUUUUUUAUUUUUUUUGAACUAUCCUUUUAAAGACUUUAAAAUACCAGUAAGAAAAGCUACAAAUCUCAUGAUUCAAUAAAACAAUCAUUAUAAAUGUCAGGUAGAAAGAGUUCUUUAAUGUUUUUUUUUUUUUUCUGUUAGCAUGAGAGAAACCUUAUUCAAUAGAUUAUGAUUAUUAUUCUUGUGAAAUACAAUUUUUACUAUAAGCAAUGAAAUCACUGAACACAUUAUAGUGCACAUUUUGCUGUUAAUAAUAACAAGGACAGCGAUGACGAUAAAGAUGCUGAUGAUGGCAACAGUAGCCAUGCCGACACAACAGCAAUGAUAAUGCCAGUUGUAUCUACAACACUGAUCGCAAUUUAUAAGGGACAUGCAGACAUGGUCAGACUGAUUUAAAUGCUUUUUAAGCAUCUCUUUCUAACAGAAACAUUGUUAAGUGUUCUUUGUAUAAACUUGUUUAAAAAAUAAAAGGCAGAUUGAAAUACUCUUCUGGACUGAUUCUGAUUAUUAAUGUCGUGGAAUGCCAGAUGGGGAUCUGCGAUUUCUGGGAAUUUAUAUAAAGAAAAUAAAAAUAAAACAUUAUUUAACUUAUUCAUACUGCACAAUAGUGUGUUUACAAAUAGAGAACUGUAUAGACAGGUUUUGUGGUUAAGUAAGAGUGUUCUGCUAGAUGCAGAAGGUCUAAAGAAGCCAGAUUUUCGACUAUUGGUAUGAAGUCUUAUUCACAAGUUUAGUUUAAAACACAUGUAUCAAGUUACUAGAAAUGUAAUAUUUAUGUCCAUGUUGGUUUCAUACAUUUUUGAAAAACAUUUACAGCAUUUUCAAUAGAAAAUCUAUUCAAGUGGUGUAACCAUAAGUAAAAGGUAUUAAAAUACUUGAGUACAUUUAAGUGAACACAAUAUUAAUUUCAUAAAAGUUUUCAAAUAUAUUUAUCAAGGUAAUUUUGUUUUUUUUUACGAAAGUCAUGAAUAUUAAAAACUUCUCUUAGGGUAACUCCAUUUGACCUAAACAAAAUUGUAUUUUGUUUAUAAAAAUGUAAAAUGAGACCACAGUAUAUGUGAAUGGUGAGCUUUUAAAUUUGAGGGUGAAAAAUUGCAGGCAGCAGCCCAAAAAUGCUUAAGGGGC